AUGGGGGGGCGCGGAGGAGACGCCGGAAGUAGCGGUGGUACGGGUCCGACCGAGGGGUGCUCCCCGCCGGCAGCGUCCACCGGGGCGGCGGCGAGAGUCCAGGCCCGAGGGGGUGGGCGUGGCGGCCGCCGGAACACGACCCCGUGGGCUCCCUCGCGCGGUGCGGCGCCGCGGCGCUCCCUUCCACCGGCUGCCAUGAGCGAGCGCCUGCGCCCCAGGAAAAGGAGAAGGAAUGGCAAUGAAGAGGAGAACCAUCUUCCCCCCCAGACCAAAAGGAGUAGCAGAAACCCCGUCUUUCAGGAUUCCUGGGACACAGAGACAGUGCCUGUAACGAAAAACAGUAAAGAGAACAGACUGAGAGGAAACAAAGCGUUCUGCGCGUCUUCAAGCAGUGACAGCGGUGGGAGCAGCAGCAGCAGCAGCAGCAGCAGCAUCAACAGCCCAGACAGAGCCAGCGGGCCUGAGAGCAGCUUAAGCCAGACCAUGGCGGGAUCCAGCCCCAACACCCCUCAGCCCAUGCCCGAGCAGUCUGCACUGUGCCAAGGCCCUUACUUCCACAUCAACCAGACCCUGAAGGAGGCCCACUUCCACAGCCUGCAGCACCGAGGGCGGCCUCCGACCUGACGCGCCCGCUUCUGCCUUCUGUGAAGGGACAGUGCUGUGCAGAUGUUUCAGCUUACGAUUUGUUUAAAAAAAAAUUGCACACACACACAAAAUGCCUGUUGGCUUUUCCGUCUAUAUUUGAAAUAACAGGUUAACAGGCAGUUGUUUACUUGUGGUUUUGCUGCACUAUUGCAAUUUCAAAGGGGCUUUGAAGCAAUUUUUUAUAAGAUUCUUUUGAGGGAGGAAUCAGGUCCAUUUCCAGUAGUGGUAUAAGGAAGUCUCAUCUGUGUGUUGAAUCCAUAGUAUGUCCAGUUCAGACUGAUGGCCAGACCUGUCAAGUAGGAUUCUACUUUAUGUAACAGGGCCUUUUAAAAAUGCGGGAUCUUCAAUUUUUUAACUCAAUAAACUAGUAAAGAGUAUCUAGUUUCCAUGAAAAAACAUACCUUUUUUCCAAAAUGUAGAGAGCUUGAUUCAGUCUUGCACUGAAAUUAACUGCCAUACUACCUCUUAGUAUGUAGACGUUCUGUUGCAAGGACUCUCCUUCUGAAGAGAACGCCCAAGCUGACUGUGCAUGAGCGCCCUCCCCGGGAACGGUCUCCCGCCGUCUGUUACGUAUCGGGACCUCCAGGGAGGGUCUCCUUCAGACUCUGGGACACCCAGAUCUCCGGUCUGCACUGCAGACCGGGAGAAAACACGCGUGGUGACGUUCGUGUUACACACGUGCUCCGUCAGCAGCCUGUGUGAUCUGGGCAUUGGUGAACACUGAGAAGCAGCAGACGCUAUCUGCACUGAUGCAGAACUUGACCAGUACAGUGAACUCCUGCACAGGGAUUCACUCUGUGCUU